GCCAGAAGAAAAAGAAAAGAGGAAGAAGAUAUUAAUGAAACUAAAGAGCAAGAAACAAAAAGGAAAAGUCGAGAAAGAGAGAGCAAAUGUCCAAAAAGAGAAAAGAGAAAAACACACAGAAAGCAAGGUCGUAGAUGAAGGUAAACAAAGCCGAGAGACUAUCAAAGACUUGGAGAGGAAAGAAGAAAAUGAAGAAAGUAAAGAAAGCAAGAAGAAGAAAGAAAAAAAAGAAAUCAAAGAGAAAGAAGAAAAAAAAGAAGGAAAGAAGAAAAAAGAAAAAAAAGAAGGCAAAGAGAAAAAAGAAAGAAAAGAAAGAUCAGAUACUCUCGGAGACUUGGAGGAGGGUAAAUACAAGACAAGAAAGGAAAGUUCUGGAGAGAGAAAGACAAAACCACAGGCUAAGAAUGAAAAAAAUAAGGACCAGGAAGAGGAGAAUGAGAUAAAAUCGGUUAGUGGGACGGAAAGUGAAGAGGAACAGAACCCGGAAGCUACCAAAGUGGAGACUUUGCACAAAAAUAAGGAAGUCUUUAAAGAUUAUGAACAAGAGAAAAUACAGAAGAAGAAAGGUGGGGAAGACGAUAAAAGAACAUCGAUCGGAACAUCUUCUCUUAACCAAAUGACAUCAAAAAGACAGGCUAAAAUAUUAAAGAAAGAAAUAGAAACAGAAGAAGAAGAAGAAGAAGACGAAAUAAAAGAAGUAGAAGAAGAGGAAGAACAAGAAGAAGUCAAAGAGAAAUUGAAGAAGAAAGGAGAGGACGAUGAAGGAACAUCGCUCGGAACAACUUCUCUGAACCAAAUGAUGUCAAAGAGACAGGCUGAAAUAUCAAAAAAAGAAGAAACAACAAGAGAAGAAAUUAAAGAGAAGAAACAGAAAGAUUUCAAAACGAAAAAAAGUAUGCAGAAGGUAGCUGACGAGAAAAAUUUAGCGGAAAUAAAGAGCCAGACACCCACAGAUGCACAGACGCACAAAUUCACUUCACGAAUCUUACAGCCACACACAUAUUCUUCACCAGCUGUAAUAAAGGAGGAAAUACAAGAGAUUGAAGAAGAAACAGAAGGAUACCAAACAGAAACAGAAUUUUUACCAGAGAAAGAACAGUUAGAAAAUAUGGAAUAUUCUGUUGAAUCUAUAAAAGAAGAAAUACGCAAAGGGAAAGAAGAAAAAAGAGGAUACCAAGCAGAAUGUUUAAUAGAGCAAGUUAAACAAGAAUCAACAGAAUCAUCACCAGCAGUGCAUGCUAGGUCAAAGGUUCUAACAGUAAAGGCAAAGCUGUUUGAGUCGUUGCGACCCGUGAUUAAAAAGAUGGCAAAGUUCACGCGUUCUCUGAAUACACCACUUGAAAGAAAAUUAUUUGAAAUUUAUCUCAAGCAAGAGCUCCAGAAUGCGAAGGAUCAUCUGACAUCAGACAAGGAAUUGAGAACGACUGACUCAGAAGGAAUCGAACACGCAGUGUAUACACGCAAGAUUUUGAAUGAUCUCAUCCAAGUCAACAAACUGCCUGCGGACCUCCGCUUUUUUGUGGAAACAGACAGAUUCAAGAAUCAAAUGAUAUCUCACGUAAACUGUUCUGCAAAAAUCGGGGUAAAAGUCGAAAAGGAAAACCCAAUCCUGGGCAUGCGCGCUGAAGCCAUCAUUGAGUGCUUUUUCCAGUCCGUGUGUGAACCAGUGGUCCAGGUCAAUUUAUGUCCGGAAAAGACUGUGUCACAAAUAAUUAAAAGUAAGUCCAUGAGUUUGUCUGCUGACAUGUUCCAUGAUACCUGCAUUCGUCUUUAUCCUCUGCUCUUCAAGAUGUGGAAAAUAUUUGCUCAUCAGUGGCUUUCAAGGCUUGGUGGGAACCGGCAAAAAAAUAGAAUUGAAAUGAUACUGGCAUCCUUCAAGGACCCUAUCAUUGGGGAUUGUCCUCAUCCGGAGGAACCAACAGCAGAUUACCUUCACUUAGCGCUGAGUGACUACAAGUACUCUCCUUUAGGGGACAAGGAUGUGAGAGAUAUUACAGGAGGUUUGCUGAGAUUUAGCAUUCAUCAUGGUAUUCGCUUUAUUGUCCACGAGGCAGAACAAAAGAAAUCAAACAAACUGUCAGCUUAUAAAUUGCCAGCACUACACGUAAAUGUAAACAAUUCGUGUAAAGAGUCUGUUGCAAAAAACUUGGAAAAAGAGAAUUUUUGGGAAACCCAGUAUCAGGAACAGGAAAAAAUUAAUAGAUCAAGCAACUGUCCAGGGAACUCUGACACGGUCGGGUCUCACGCAUAAUUUCCUGCCUUGGUGAAAACCCUCGAAUGCAGAGAAAGAAAGAGGGAUUUUGGUAUAGAAAGAAGUAAUGUACAGAUUACAUACAACAACAUUUCACAGGAUCAAGAUUGUGUCGUCGCUAUAGAAGAGAGAGGACGAAAGCAUCAAACAAAUCCAGAGCCAAAACAGAAGGGAGAAACUUACAGCGCGCCAAAAGUAUGUUCAGAGCCGAAAGUAAUGACAAGUGAACAGAUGGGUGGGGAAAAGGUAGUAGAAGAAGAAGAAGAAAACGUCACCAUAGAGGAGAGUGGACAAAAGCAUAAACUAAAAGCAAAAGUCAAAACAGAAGGGAAAAUCUUACAGCAAACCGAAAAUAUGUUCAGAGUCAAACGGAAUGACAAGUGGACACAUGGGUGUGAAAAAGUCAGAAAAAGGCAAAAACGACACAUCGGCACAAAAAGAUCAAAAAUCGAACCAAAAGAGUAAGGGCCGAGAAACUCAGAACAAGCAAAAGCCAAAGCAUAGGGGGGGGGGGGUGAUAAAGAG